AGACAGGAAGUGUUUUUUGUUGCAGUCUUCACACAUGGAGUCGUGACUGUCUUUAGUUCAGUUUUUAUUUAAAUCAUUUAUUUCUGGAGUCUAACGUUAAAUACAUUCCCUCACACAUGGUUUUAGAAAGAAAACCACAUAUUUAUCAUGACGAGAUCGCAGUAGCGGUUGUAACGCAGGAAAUUAUUCCUCGCUUGUCGUUGUGAGAACGGAGGAAACGGUGGGAGCUCCUCAGCAGAGUGCGUCACAGCGCUGAAGAACAGCCGUUACUCUUUCUGUUGACUCCGGUCUUUUCAGUCAUGUCGUUUCGGAAAGCGAUCAGUCUCGCGUGCGGGAUCGCCGGCGGAUCCGUGGUGCUCGUGUGCGCGGCGGUCACUGCAGAUAAGCACGGGUACUUCGGAGAACGAUGCCGGUUGAGAGAGACCCUGGUUGCCUUGCACGCAGCUCAGCCUACGACCUGGCCCACUGUGAACGGAUGGGAUAACAAUUGGGACAAGCGUGACCCCUCGUCUAUGGUGAACGGGAAGAGGAAGGAGUGUGCUGGAGACAAUGGAAGUCCAGAUGUGGAGAACAACAAGCCCAAAGCCACACGCCACAUUUUCCUGAUCAGACACUCUCAGUACAACCUCAAGGGGGAUGGUGAUAAAGAGAGGAUCCUGACACCUUUAGGACGUGAACAAGCGGAGUAUACAGGACAGAGAUUAGCAGUGCUUGGACUGAAGUACGAUGUUCUCAUCCACUCCUCCAUGACCAGAGCUACAGAAACAGCCCACAUCAUCAGCAAAUACCUCCCAGGUGUGGAGCUUGUAAGCUGUGAUUUACUGCGAGAGGGUGCACCCAUAGAGCCCGUCCCACCGGUCACGCACUGGAAACCUGAGGCAGUGCAGUACCACGAGGACGGCGCACGGAUCGAGGCAGCGUUCCGCCGCUACAUCCACCGAGCUGACCCCAAGCAGAAGGAGGACAGCUACGAGAUUAUCGUCUGUCAUGCUAAUGUCAUCCGCUAUUUUGUGUGCAGGGCUCUGCAGUUUCCUCCAGAGGGCUGGCUGAGGAUGGGCCUGAACAACGGCAGCAUCACCUGGCUUACGAUUCGGCCCAGUGGCCGAGUGGCUCUCAGAGCGCUGGGAGACUCGGGCUUCAUGCCUCCAGAUAAACUCACCCGGACAUGACGUUCUCAAGCUAGACCAUCAUGCCUCGUUACUGCCUAGAACCGAGGGAUCUUUGAGAUGGACAGAUGUUAAGAGUUGCAAAGGGUCAGAAAAUGUCCUUAAAUGUUCUCCUGAAAUGCCGUUUUAGAUUCACAAUAUUCCAGAAUACAGAAUGUGAUUUAAUGUUCACCAACAACUCUUGCUUGUUUAAUGAUGGUCUUACAUAGCUGCAGUUUAAGAGAGGAUUUCUGUGAAAAAUUUCUUUUGCAACUCUACUUUCUGUUGCUGUGGUGAUCAGCUACUCCACAAGUGUCUUGAGUAUAAUGAUUUUUUUUUUUUUUUUUUUUUUUAAAUCAAGCAAGUUAAGAAUCAUUGAUAUUUCUUCAAUUAGACACUCCUGUGCCAGUGCUUUGUCUGAUCUGGAACAGCCAUGGAAAAAUUGAAUUAACCAGCAAGCAUACUUUGUUUAUGACCAGGUGUCUUUUUCCAGCAGCAUUAUGCAAACUCUGGAGGCCUUGUUGAGGCAGUUGGUGUGUAUUUGCACUGUUCAUAUGGAAUUGUUUAUGAUUGUUUUAGAAGCAAACUGCGAGUUUGCUAAAAAGGCUAAGAGUCUCUUUCCAUUGAAAGGUCUAGGAUGACUCUGAAUUAAUGUUUGUAUGUUGUUGUUUAUGGCAGUAAAAAAAAUAAAGUCAUUGAGUUAA